GGGGCGGGCGGCAGCCGCCAUGUCGCGGGACGGCGCCUCGGCCGAGGUGAGCCGGCGGCGGGGUGCGGAGGGGGCGAGCGCUGAGUUGGCAGGCCCACGUCUAGAAAGUACUUCACCAUCAUUUUCCUCUACUCCCCACAAUGAGAGAUCUGGAGACUCCAAUUCAUUACUGUGUGGAGAAGCACCACCUGAAAAAGAUGAGAAGAAAGAUAUCAACAGUGACAUGAAACUGUCAGUGGAGGAUAAUAGUAGGAAACCUGCUGCUCUGAUAGUAGCAAUGACCACCACAGCACACGAGAGAACAAAGUUAGAGAGGUCAGCAGAUGACAGUUCAUAUGAGGAGAGAAUUGUGCAAGAGCCAGUAGGAACAGCUGCAAUACAAGAAUUACCAGUGGAUGGUGAGUCCAACCGUGGGGAGGUGAAGAACACUUCAGAGGAUUCUGGGCAGAAACAAAGUGGAACAACGAAAGCAGUUCUACAGAGCUCAAAAUCCUCGUCUUGCAAGUUUCUGCCUUCUGCACACUUAAAGGAAAAAGUGAAAGCUGUUCCAUCAGCUGCAACUGUUCCACCUCGCUAUUUGGGAACAUUAAAGGUUUUAGAGGAUAAACACUUGCAGAAGAACAAUGCAGAAUUUGACAGAGCAGAUAGUUUGCGAGCAGCUGUUUUCCAGAACUGGAUGGAAAAGAAAAGAGCCUUUCUACUGGAAUUAAAGAGAGCUGAGAAGAAAAAAGCUGAGGAGCUGAGGAAUGAUACUGAAAAGAAAGAAGCCGUUAAAAGAGAGGAAGCAGAUGCAUCUUUUAAAUCCUGGAAAGCAAUGAAAGCAAGAGAAGCAAAGAAGUUGAAUGAAGAAAAGAAGCUUGAGAAACUGAAGGAAAAGGAAGCAGCAGAACAGAAUGCAGAAAGAGCAGAAGCAGCACAGAAGGCGUUUGAAAAAUGGAAAGAGAAAAAAACAGAAUAUUUGAGAGAGAAAGGCAGACAGGAAGAACAGUCUGAAAGAAUCAGGAAGAAGAAAGAAGAGGAAUUAGCUGCAGAAAAGAAGAGAGACAGCAUAUCAGCAGUUGAAAAAUGGAAUGAUAAAAAAAGGGAGUAUAUGAAACAGAAGAAGGCAGAAAAAGUCAGAGAGAGAAGAAAAAAAGAAAUACAACAGGCAGAGAAGGAUGAAAAAGAUAAAAUGGCCAGAGAAGAAUACGAAAGAUGGCUGGGAAACAUGUUGAGGAGAGAGCAACUUCAGAAGAAGCAGAAGAACCUCCGUGUUGUGCAUAGGAAUGAAGUGCCUUUUCCGUGGAUCCCACCUGGCAAAGUCACCUAUACAAAGAACUACUGAGCAGCCUAUUGCCCUCUGUACAAAGAGAUAAUCUGCUUAUGAUCUCAAGACUAGUCUGUUAUUUCAGUUUUUCACUGAAUCCAUGAUAGAUGUUAUAUCCUUUCUUUUUAAUUUAUUUGAUCUCUGGAGUUGAAAUGGGUUUCUUGUCCUAUUCCAUGACAUUAACAAAUGCACUAAUUUUUGUAAUUCUGCAUUUAACUUAGUUUUGUUCAAUGUUGUGUUACUCCAUUCCUUCUUGGUGAAGGUGGAUAAUCAAGAGAUGUGAGGCUAGA